AUGACUCUGGGGACAAUCCACGAAGAGGGAAAUGCCCGAAUUCUCACAAGAAAAGAAAUGGAAGAAGAGUUUAUUGAAAGAGUUGAAAGGAGUGAAAGAGAAGGAUCGGGCAGCUCGGUAAGACGGGAAUCGAGUGGAAGACCGAGAAGAGGCAGAAGAAGGCAACCAAUCAACACUCGAAACCUUCCGCCUGGGGUAUAUCCAAGAUCCAGAUCAAAUUCUUUUGCUCCCGAUCGUCCCUAUUACGGUCAUUACUAUCCAUCAAACAAACCGAUGGAGUUAAGCGAAAAGAUCUCAAAGUUUGUCAUCGAGGCAAGAUGCACCGACAAAAUUCUAUUCUCAAUUGCAGCAACUAUUGGUGUCAUAGUGGUUUUUCUACAAUCCUUGCCAAUAGUGCUAAAUAAUUGGGUUUACGUCACCGAGCCACGGCCAAUCAAUAAAACAGGAUUGGAAGGGGAACAACAGGAAGCCGUUUUCCACUACAACAUUGGCUACUUGCAAAUAUGCCGCCGAUUCCUUGAGAGUGAGCCUCCGAAUCACAACUUUAACUAUACUUAUGAUAUGAUACCCCAAAAAGAACGAGACUACCAAUGCCAUUUGAAUCCAUUGAUUACACGAGAAGAACUCGGUGAUGAGUUCAGUUUGGCUUCGCUGGCGAUUAGUGCUCGACUUGGUCUUUCAACGUUGCUUCAUUUGAUUGGUACAAUUAUCUGUGGAAUGGCAUUAAUUCUUGCUACAACUGGUCACCUUCGACACACGAUGCAUACAAUGAUCUCUGGUGUUUGUUAUAUUUGCGGAUGUUUAAUUUUAUCAACCGCUGUUUUGAUGUUGGUUUGCGUUGUCGAUGAUGAGCUCUCACCACGUAUGAAAAUGAGUUCCUCUGGAGAAGCUACGAAAUUCAGUUUUGCUUAUGGUUAUCCAUUUUGGUCUUCCGUUUCAAGCAUUCUUCCUGUUCAAAUGUGUGCUUGUCUUCAAUCAUUUCUCUACUUUCGUCGCUUUCCAACCGUUGUUGAAAAGCUCCAAUAUGUGCCAGGAUUAGAAGAGAAAUUGCGAAAUGCACAAAUGGAUAAAGAGUUGGGCAUUCCACCGAUGGAGAUUCAUAAACGAGGAUCUCUUGCCUCAUACAUGCCAUUUCCAUCAUUUUCAAUGGCUUUAAGUGGUCGUCCUUCACCAACAAGAAGUAGUCAAAUGUCUCUUCGAAAUAACUCUAUUGUUUUUGUACAAGAAAUG